AUGACCCUUGACACGGCCCUCUACAAGUACUGGGGCGUCCGCGACAAGCUGUCCGAGGAGAAGCUGCGCGACCUCGAGCACGCCAAGCGCGUGGCCGAGGAGGCCGAGCGCCAGCGCAAGGCGGCCCUCGGCAAGGCCUGGGUCGACAUCAUGGGCAAGCUGCUCGUCGUCUUCGGCUUCGCCACCCUCUUCAUGUGGCUGCUCGUCGACAGCAAGGAGACGACCAUCCUCUACUACUGCUACAUCUUCGGCUACACCUGCGCCCUCAUCUUCCAGUUCAACCGGUGCUUCACCACCAACGUGCGCGUCCACGUCACCAUCAUCAUCUGCUCGGCCCUCGUCGGCUUCGUCCUCGGCUGCCUGCUCCACGCUCUGCCCCAGACGGCCAAGUUCCUCUACACCGACGUCCUCUGCCAGAACCUGGCCGGCGCCCUCGCCGCCGCCGGCACGUCGCUCUUCACCUGGAAGGACUGGACGGCGGCGCCCGUGCUGGCGGCGUCGCGCGGCAGCGGCGGCCGCGACGCCUACGACGAGCCGACCGUCACCUUCCAGCGCCACAUGAUGGCGAGCCUCGACGAGCAGGCCGCGCCGACGCUGUUCAAGGGCGACCUCCCCGCGAGCUUCACCCAGGCGACCGUCAACUUUGAGGACGGCACUGGCCUCGCCAAGAAGAUGCAUGAGGUGCUGCAGCUGACGGUCGCCGAGCCCAACGAGACGGCGCGCGAUGCGCCGUGUUCGGCCGACCUGCUCGAGACGGCCCUCGAGAUGUGGACGUCCGGGCGCCUGACGGCCGCCGUCCUCAGCCGACAGCACUUCAGCGAUGCCGGUCUCGAGGACUGCCACUCGCUGAGCUACAGCGACCGCGGUGUCCUCCACGUCGCCGUCUGCUUCACCGGCGAGACGGAGCGCCGCCUGCCCUCGUGGCAGCCCCUGCUGGCCAGCGUCGUCUGCGAGGCUCUCCUUUACCACGUCGCCGCCACGGAGCUUCGUCUCCCCACGGCCCAGGCCGUCCAGACCGAGCACAUGCUCCACGGCACGACGGCGCUGUCGAAAGCGGCCGCGUGCCGCGACCGCCUCGACCAGAUGAUCCUGCUGCCCUCGCAGGACCUCGUCCUCGCCGCCCAAGACGCGCCCGCCGAGCUGUACCCCGUCGUCAUCCGCCGCGGCAAGAACCAUCGCGGCCUCGUCCAGACCAUCUGGCGCGGCUUCGUGCGCGUGCCGGCGCUCGUCGUCAAGAACGUGCGCUUCCGGGGCCCCCUGCUGCGCGUCAUCCUGCUCAUCCUCAAGGCCUGCUGGCUGCUCAAGAACCUCUGGGUCUACUGGCUCAUCGUCUACCACCGCCCCACGCUCGUCAAGCUGACGAGGCUCGCGAAGAAGGGCGCCCGCCGCAAGAUUGUCAAGAACACCAUCGUCGUCGAGCUCACGCGCGCCUUCCAGACGGGCUUCGCUUCGGCCGGCGACGACGACGACGAAGGCAUGUCGCUCGCCGUCUACAACGGCCAGCUCACCGAGGUGCCCGACAAAGGCGUGCCGCUGUUCACGACCAAGUACGACGCCAAGUACCGCCUCGUCAGCCGCCACGACACGGGUGCCGGCACGGCGACGUACCACUACGACCCGGCGAGCAGCGCGCGCCGGCCCGAAACCAAGGAGCACGUCCACAAGGACUACCACAGCGUCGGCUACUACGACAAGCACGGCCGCAUCGUCCGCGGCACCGUGACCGUCGACGGCGUCGACUUUGCCUUUCAGUACUUCUACAAGUCGAGCCCCAAGGGCAGCGCCGCCAUGCUCCACGCACGCUUCCGCCUCGCCGGCACCGGCGACUCGCUGUCCAUCUACUGGGGCACGCCCGUCGACCGCAACGACAUGACUUGGGUGCCGUCCAAGUUCAUCGGCCUCAUCGUCAAGAAGAUCGCCGGCCGCACCUACACGACCGAGUACGACUACUCGCACCGCCGCGACCCCGUCAUCACGACCUUCCUCGAGGAGGACGACGGCCGCCGCACCGCCCUGACGCACACGCCGGCGCUCUUCGCCAACGAGGCCGUGCUGCUGGCGCUGCCCAAGGACCACGCCUUCGACUCGGACGACCUGCUCGUCUACCACAGCCCGCUGCAGAUCCGCCAGAUGCUCCGCUGCGCCCGGAACAAGAGGCCCAGCCUGCUGUCGCGUCUCAACCCCCUGCGCUGGCUCGGCCGGUGGAACGUCCGCGUCUACAAGCCCGUGCCGACGUGGCGCAUCCGCACCGAGCUCUGGGGCCAGUGGCUCAAGACAAACGACCUCGACGCCGUCACGGCCUGCUGGGUCGACGAGCUCGUGCUGCGCGAGGAGCCCCUGCUCAAGGCCUACUGGCGCGCGCGCGACAGCGGCCGCCUCGAGGAGGCGCUGCGCGUACUCGACGCCAACGUCGACCAGAUCGUCUCGGCCAUCGACAUCGAGACGGACGUGUCCGAGGUGACGCUGCUGUCGAUCAAGACGGCCGACCUCUACGUCAUGGGCCUCGGCAAGGACGCCAACCCCGUGACGACGCGCCCGCAGGACUGCUACAGCGACACCAAGGACCGCAUCUCGGUCGACGAGAAGGUCGACGACACCGAGGUGCAGCGCGACAUUGUCGAGACGUUCAUCCCGCUGCUCACCGAGUUCGUCCGGGGCGCGCGCACCAAGCGCCUCGCGCGGUCGCACCUCGUCCGCCUCAGCAACGCCAUGCUCUCCAUGGCCAAGUACUACGAGCACAAGGACUACACCAAGACGUGGAAGGCACCCGAGGUCGAGCAGGCGUGGAUCGCCGCCUGGCUCAUGCCGUACGACGACGACGCCAACAUGGCGGCGCCGUCCGAGUGCUUCGACAUUGCGCGCCCCAGCAUGUUCGACUUCCGCCAGUCGCUCAACAUCUACCUCGCCUACUUCUUCAUCUUCGCCGUCGGCGUGCCCCAGAGCUGCCCGCGCGUCUUCCAGAGCACGCACCACGGCAUCAGCUCGCUCUUCGGCAUGGUGCUCAAGUACCGCCGCGGCGUCACCUUUGGCAUCUGGGACCACGCCAUCCUCUGGCGCGAGUGCUGCCUCAACAUCUCGCCGGCCCAGUCCGAGCUGCCCGUGUCGGUGCAGUCCAUGCUGCUGGCCGGCAUCGGCCUGGCGACGCGCCUCGCCUACUUCCACACCGACGUCGUCAUGCCGUGCGCGUCCCUCUUCAACCCCAUGUGGGAGGCCGAGAUCGGCACCGACGGCGCGCGCCUCUGCAGCCGCAACGGCUUCCGCCGCAAGAUCGACCCCAUCGUCAACGGCAUCUCCAACAUGGACGCCUACAACCCCGUCGACAAGAUCCGCACCGAGACGCCCACCGUCGUCAUGCUGUCCAACGUGCAGAUGAUCAAGGGCGUCAAGGCCGCCAUCCAGGCCGCCGACAUCAUCAUCAACCGCUUCGGCUUCACCGACUACAAGCUCGUCGUCUACGGCGCCAAGGACCGCCAGCCCGCCUACGCCCUCGAGAUGGAGAAGCUCAUCGUCGACGCCAAGCUGGCCAACCACGUCGUGCUCGCCGGCUUCGGCAACUCCAAGGAGGUCCUCAAGGACGCCUGGCUCUUCAUGAACAGCUCCAUCUCCGAGGGCCUGCCGCUGGCCAUCGGCGAGGCCGCCCUCGCCGGCGUGCCCAUCGUCGCCACCGAGGUCGGCGCCACCGCCCUCGUGCUGACCGACCCGGAGAAGACGGACCAGCGCUACGGCGAGGUCGUGCCGCCCAACGACCCCCUCGCCCUCGCCCGCGCCCAGGUCAGCAUGCUCGCCAUGGUCGGCCCCUGGGCGCGCUUCACCGACCAGGCCGCCCUGCCGCCGGCCGAGCGCGCCCCCGUGCUCCCCGACGAGAUCGCCGCCGCCGACGUCGAGUGGCUGACGCGCCGCUUCUACGCCCGCGCCGACGACCGCCGCAAGCUCGGCCUCCUCUCGCGCCAGGUCGUCCUCCACAGCUUCCACGGGAGCCGCUACCUGCGCGAGCACGAGCAGAUGUACUGGAUCCAGUGCACCUCGCCCAGCAGCGCGCCGACCCGGCCCUGCGCGCCCUGCCCUACACCUUUGCUGCAUGGAGCCGCUGCCGCUAUGCCGAGAACGACGAGUCGUCGCCGUCCUCGACGACACCGUCUCGAAGCGCCCGCGACCAUCAUGCUCACGCCGCGCGCGCGAAGCGGGGCGACUUGA